AUGAAAGUGUUUUCUUCGAUUUGCACUUUCGAUUACUCCUGGGACGAGGUUUCUACUGCGAACUGGCGAAAAUACUGCCCAUGGAACGACAAGUCAACCCACGUCGUGGCAGUCGAUACUCUAUCUCGAAAGAUUGAUUCGCAGACUGGCAUUCUGCGAACCGAGCGUCUCAUUACCUGCAACCAAUCAGUGCCACAAUGGGUUCUCUCACUAUUUGGAGGUGGCGCUACAUCUCAUGUCUAUGAGAUUUCUUACGUUGACCCCAUAUCAAAGAAAGUGACAAUGUGUUCUACCAAUCUCACGUGGUCCAAUGUGCUCAAAGUUCAAGAAACUGUCACGUAUCAGCCGUCGUCUUCGAAAUCAAUCUCCACGACGGAAUUCACCCAAGAAGCCAAAAUCACAGCACUUUGCGGCGGAUGGCAGAAAAUUAAGAAUAAAGUCGAGGAAGCAAGUGUGGAGAGAUUCAGCCAGAAUGCCAAGAUGGGCCGGGAAGGGUUCGAGACCGUCCUCGAGAUGAGCCGGCGAGUAUUUGGUGAACAGCGCGAACAUGAGAACAAGCAAUUACAACCAUGA